UUAAGUUAUGACUUUAUUACAUUUUUGCCCCUAUAAAGUAACUCGUAGGCUACUCUACCGAGACCGUCAUAUAACCCAAAACCAAACGGGGUGUGAUUCUUUAAAAACUCCCUCAACUCAAUUUAAUAUUUAAUAUUUAUUUUCUACCAGCAGUGCAAAAUAUUAUGGAUGGAGUUCCUAGGAUUUUUUAACCUAACCAGGGUUAUUUAAACCUAACCACGGUUAUAGACCACUUCUAAAGCAGUUUAUAUUGAGCGAGACCCUGCCGGGGUUUCUGUAAACAAACUUCCAAAACAAAGCAAAUAAAAAAAAAAAAAAAAUCCACCGCUUUGGCAAAAUGAUGCUUGGCGAAACCCACCGCCCAAAUCCGACGAUCCAUGUCCCUCCAUGGGAUCUAACCGUAGAUGAUCCGACGGCUGAGAUGUACUCACCAUUUCCCUUGAGUGGCGUCUCUAUUAACUCCGACUGUAAUGGCGGUGAUUACUCUCCGUACUAUCUUCACGAAGCUUUAUCAGCGCUGAGUCCGUACUUGCCUUCGGUGAACGACCUUGACGCCGACUCUGAUUCGGACGUUUCGGGUCGGGAAUCGGAUGCUCCGGUUGACGCGUACUCUUGUGAUCAGUUCAGGAUGUUUGAAUUCAAGGUUCGACGUUGCGCGAGGGGGAGGUCACACGACUGGACUGAGUGUCCGUACGCUCAUCCUGGCGAGAAGGCUCGCCGGAGGGAUCCAAGGAAGUAUCAUUAUUCAGGUACGGCUUGUCCUGAUUUUAGAAAGGGUCAUUGUAAGAAAGGUGAUUCGUGUGAGUUUGCUCAUGGAGUUUUCGAGUGUUGGCUUCACCCCGCUCGGUACAGGACUCAGCCAUGCAAGGACGGUACCAAUUGCAGGAGGAGAGUCUGUUUCUUUGCUCACACACCGGACCAACUCAGAGUCUUGCCACAGCAGAGCCCCAAAGGUUCAAACGCUGCUGAGUCUUACGACGGUUCUCCUCUCAGGCAGGCCAUUGAGGCUUCAUGCGUGAAAACGCUGCCGUUUCUGUCUCCUCCGGCUUCCAUUUCGCCGCCGGCUACGCCUCAGGCUGAUUCUCCGCCUAUGUCGCCUAUGGCUCAUGUAUUGAGUCGCUCUCUUGGUUCGAGCUCCAUCAAUGAAAUGGUGGCCUCGCUCAGGGACCUUCGACUUGGUAAGGUUAAGUCUUUGCCCUCUUCUUGGACCAACAAUCAAAAGGGUUCUCCCGGGUUCGGGUCACCCAGAGGGUCAAUACUCCGACCCGGUUUUUGUAGCCUACCCACAACCCCUACCCGAGCUCCAACCCGUCCCAGCUAUCUUGAUUUCUGUGACCUGGAAGAGGAACCAGCUAUGGAGAGGGUAGAGUCCGGAAGGGACAUUCGUGCGAAAAUGUUUGAGAAACUCAGCAAAGAGAAUUCUCUCAAACGGGUCGACCCGAAUCCGAAUUCCUCUGUUGGCACUCCUGAUGUUGGGUGGGUCUCGGAGCUAGUCAAGUGAAAGAAAACCCAAAAAAAAAAAAAGAGCUCUAAAAGUUGAGAGCUCUUUCAUGGUUCUUUGGAAAGAUUGCCUUGAUUUCUUACCAAUUAUGAUUAAAAUUUAUUUAGAAGGUUAGUUUGGUGAUGGUUUUUUUCGUUCAUUUUAUUUUGCUUCCUCACUCUCUGUCUCUCAAACACUGUGGAUAUACCUGAAAAAAAGAGAGAUUAGAGUGGCUUGGAAAUUUGAGUUUGGAAGCAAAAUCAAAUUAUGUACAUAUUUUUAUCAACUGAAGACUACGGUUAAGGUGGUGGUAUGCAUGGGUGAAGAGGAGAAUCUCUAUUUUGGGGAAUUUACUGAGAAGAAAACAAGAUUAGAUUGUGAUAAGAAGGAAGAAGAAAAAAAUAUUAAGAAUUCCUACUUUUUCUUUUUUGUAUAGUUUAAGCAGACAGUGAUCAAUGCCCACUUUCCCUUUUGCUUAUGUUAAUUAUUGUAUUUAAUUAUCACUAUCCCACUAUGCUAAUUCUGUCUUUCAUUGUAAAAUUUAAUUCUCCUCUUGUAUGGAUUAUGUUAUUGCAACUGUUAUUAAUGUAUUGUAUAUAUAUUUGUAUUCA